AUGGCAUCGCAGAUUCCAACAGACACUCGAUUGCCACAUGUCAAAACACCUUUAUUAAGCAGUCUAGAGAGUCUGCAGGAAAUCAGAAUACAAACUGCAUUGCUAGAGUCAACAGAGACUCAGAUUGUAGAGACUACAAAAAAACUGGAUCACACAACCAAUCUUCUUUCAGAAACAUGUGCAGAACAAAUGCAGCUUUUGGAUGAGCGAGUCAUGCUGAUGGACCAACUUAAAAUCGUGCAGCAAGACUACGAAACAAUGAAUGCUCAGGCUUCACGGUUACAGGCCGAAAAAACAAAACUGCAGAAUGCAUUGAAUGAAUUACAAGAUGGAUACCUGCCCUUUAAAGACCAAGUAGAUAUCCUACGAGGUGAACAUGGUCUGAAAUCCCGUCCUACGCUUCAACAGGUCAUUGAAUCUCAAAUGAGUUGCUAUUUAGAAGAACGACGUGGCAGAUGGAUCAAGAAUGGUCUGACGGAAGGUCAAAGUUUUGGUAAAACAGGUGGAUUGGCAUCUGGAACCGGAUCUACUUUGCACUCUGCAGCCGUUUCAAAAUCAGAUAAAGAGUCAAGUGCAUCACAUACUGCUUUAUCUGCUGGUGGAUCUCGUGCAGCAAAAGGCUCUGUGUCGAUCGUGGGCUCAACUCGGGUGAACGGAUCCUCAAACAAAGUCGCAAAAAAAUCAAGCUUUACUCCAUCGGGAAGAGGCCGAGGCAGACCUCCUGGAUCCGUCGCUACCACGCGAACAUCCUCCGGAUCAAGUAUACCUGCAUCCAAUUCUAAACAGCAUAGGCAGAGCAAAUCAAAAGACUCUUCUCCACAAUAA